AAAAUUCACACAUAGUCCAAAGGAUUUAAACCAACAGUUUUGAAGAGAAGUGCCAAAAUAGUUCUAAAAGCCUAAUAUAACUUCAAAUGUUCAAAAGAAAAAUCACGCAUAGUUUUUAAAAGCUCAAACAUGAGAAAAGCUUUCUCGUCACUACUCAAACCAUUAGAUCACCAUAAGUUGUGGAGAUUUGUGUCUCCUAAGAGAUUCUAAGAUUCGUAUGGUGUGAAAUUAGGUGAAUCUGGGUCGCUUAUGUUAUGAGGAGAGGAUGGCUCAUUGAACUUAGGUGAAUCAGGGUCGCUUCUGUCAACAAAAGAGGAUGGCUCGCUGAGUUAAGGUGAAUCAAAAUUGCUUCUAUCAUCAAGAGAGGCUGGCUCACUGAAAUUUGAAUCUUCUAACUUUGACUCGUUGUCGCUACUUAUCCAGACUACUUCAUGACCAUCUUCUUAAGGAGGACCAUUCUCCCCCUCACUCUCAAGCUCCAAUUCUUGUAGGACAUCAUCAACUGUGGGAAACAUGAUGAGAGUGAUAGUUCGAAAGGGUAAGAGAUUGAUCCCGAGGUUGAUGAGGAGUCUAAUUAUCAAAGUUCCUAAGGAUAGUAGGUCAUGAUAGUUGAAGUCUCCAAAGGGCAUCAAGUAACUAUGGAAAAGAUGAAUAAAAUCAAGAUGAAGAAAGAGUCCAGCAUGAGAGAGAAUCUAUUGAUCUAAUGGCAGGAUCAUAUUAUGAAAGAGCACUAUGAAAAAGAAUGUGUGUGUAAGAAAGUAAUGCAAUACCCUUAGAUCUGGUGGGAGAGUGGAAGCGGGAAUCAUGAGAAGCUCAUCAGGAGUAUGACAAGUAAGUUGAUGCGACGAAGGUCAGAGCCUAAAAUGGUGGCAUAUGCCCAAACAAAAUAGUUGUUGAUGUGACUUGAAUCGGACUAUCAGCCGUUACGACUGAAAGUCACGGUGUAUGGGCUCAAUGUCAUUUGGGUUCGGGUUCUGGGCCUGGUUGUAACCGCUUUUUCUUUACCAUAUUGGAUUAGGGUUAGACCUAUGAGAAGUACUAUAAAUACUUCUCGUACUCAUCUGUAAUCUGUAUCUCCUUGAAGUAUAGUGACACUGGCUCUCUUCUGCCUGUGGACUUGCUAACACACAUUGUGUUAGUGAACCACGUAAAUCGUGUGUCGUGUGUGUGUGCGCUUUUGUUUUCUUGCAUUGUCGAAUCCUCCAAUUUCUCGAUCCGCAGAGUAACAGUCGUGAAAAUAGUUUUGAAAGUACAUGUGUGAAGGCCUUCUAAGAUUUGAGUAGAAAUACCUCACAGCUUCAGGGCAGGUCAGAGUGGGAGGCUUAUCAAGGAGAAAGUUCCAACUAAGAUUGCUAAAAGGUAGGUUCAAAGUUGACUUCAUGGUUGAUCAAGUUCUGGCAAAGGUAUUUGAUCAUAGGGAGUGAUUUUGCAGUUGGAGUAAGCUUGGUCAUGGCAAUGAGAAUUUAAAGGAAUGGGAUCCAACAUGCUGAGCUCUCCUAAAAGUUUUUACAAAGGAAAACCUCAUAGCGAAGAAAAGGAAUGUUGAUGUGUUGAAGGAAGAAUUCGUAGAAGUUAAGUAGAGAGGCCUUAUGGAAGCUUGUAGAUUCAGAGAAUAUGACUUAAGGGGAAAGGUUGAAUCAGUCAUGGACUUAGAGAUAGAAGGAUUUUGAUGUUUCUACAUCAUUUUAGGAAAGUGAUGAAUCCACUAGUGGUUAAUUGGCGACCAUCGGAUGUAAGAUAUAUGAUUUUGAAGAUAAUAGAUGGUUUAAGAAAAGCGAUGAUCUUAUUCAAAGUUGGUAAGUACUCUAAAAACUGAAUGCUAGACAUAGCUAACUAAAUCUAAGAUAUGCUCUAAGAUAUAUGAUUUUGAAGAUCAUAGAUAGAUCAAGAUAAAUUGUUAUGGGACAAUUCAAGUACCAUAAUACAAGGAAAGGACACUUGUAUAAUAGUGUCCACCAAGCUCAUUAGUACGAUGGUUUUUAGGAAGGAACCCAAAAAUAAUUUCGUUCGGACUUGACCCAAAUCGGACAAUAUCGUAAUGAGCUACUUGCAAAGAUUGACAGUGUAUAUUGUAAUACCUUCUCCUUACUGUCCGACCCUAAUCCAACCCGAAAAGGAGAAGAAAAAACUACAAACCAGACCCAAAACAAAUCCUAAUCUCACGUUAUAUUUCCUUCAUCUCUCUGAAAUCAUCUUCCCCAGACUCCCUGUAUCCCCUCUUGGUUCAUCCCCAGAGUUAACAAUCUACUCCAUUAUCCUCAGGCUAUGGAAAAUGAUCCCAGAAGGUAACUCCUGUCCGUGGAAAGAAGACUCUACCCUCGGACAUCGAUCAUGGCACAGCAAAACAAACAACUCCUCCGCAUCUCCGACAGGUCGCCGGAACUCUCCCUACCUUUCCGAAGACCACCGCCAACUGCAAACCACAAUCAAUGCAUUAAUUGUCAGAAGUAUUGCAGCCUUACCGUUUAGCGGUUACAGAGUUCUAAUCUCUAAAACGGCUUUCGCUGGAGAAGCCAUAAUUGGGCUUUCAAAUCGUCUAAAUUAUGACGAGUUAGAGCUAUUUAAAGCUCCAAAAAACAGAGCUUUAUGUGAUCCGAGCAUCAGUCAUAAUGGAAGGCAAAAUGUAAGGGGAAAUUCAAAUCAAAGCACAAUCAAAGGGCACAUUAAAGGCUGUCUACUACAAUUCAAACUCAAAUCAGUGAGCAGAAAAUCAGCUUGUACCGGAAAAGGAAUAAAUUUUCUCUUUAAAGAACACAUUCCUUUUGGGAACGAGCUUCUCUUAAGCCAGCAAUUCAGAAAGUUCCACCUCAACCUCGGCAAACAAGACACCAAAGGCAAUUCAAACACUCUCUUAAUGAUCAAUCAUCAUCUAAACGUAUUAAAUCGGAUGAAUUAUAGAAUCAUUGCUAGCAUGAGAUCAGGCACUAAUCCUCCUAUCUUUAAGUGCUUCAACCUUCUAAUAGUCUCCUUUUAUUCCCAACGGAUACAAAGAGCUAUUCACCAUCCUCAAUCGACCAAGUUACUAUCGAGAUCCCUUCCUCUUCUCAUCUCUAGCAAAAAAGCCUACCCGAAGAAAAGUCCACCAACAAUGGCAGCCCCGAUUGAAUUCAAUGAUGAAGUUCUCGAGGCAGGACUUACCAGAGCUGGUCUAAGCUUGGUUGGUCGAUUGCUCUGCUCCAACCAUCCCUCUCGAAUCAGAGUUCAACAUAUGGCCAACAACCUCUGGGCUAAAAGAGCUCCGGUGACUGUACUGGACGCAAAGCACGAACUAUUCCAGCUCGUCUUCUCAAGUCAAACCGACCGGCAAGAAGCUCUGAAGAAGGCUCCGUGGUUUAUCGACUCCAAGAUUUUCACCUUCAAAGAAUGGGAGACGACAUCAGAGCGUCUAUAUCAUGAUCUCGCCCGAGUCCCAUACCUUGUCCAGUUCUGGAAUCUCCCGGAGGAAUACAGAACGGUCGCACUGGGAAGGUUGCUGGCUUCACGCCUGGGCACAGUGGAGGAAGCUGGGAUGUAUGCAGUCUGGCAGUCGCCAGGAUGUGUGUUCAAGGCCAAAAUAUUGAUUGAUGUCUCUGCUCCCCUUGAACACAAAUUAGAAGCAAGAAAACGAGCUGCAGAUGGUUCGGUUGGCGAGACCUUCCGGGUGAAGCUCAAGUACGAAAAUCUCAAGGUGGUCUGCUUCAGAUGCAGAAGAAUCGGCCAUAACCAGGAGAGCUGCUCCUUCGAUCUGGUCACUGGAGACGACGGUUUCGGCCCUGAAAUCUUUGGAAAGCGAACCGGAUCCAGGUUGAAUGAAAAUUCUUACACAUCGGCGAAAAUGGAGAGGAAGAACUGGACGAGCAAUGUAUGGAGGAAUGAUGUCAGACCUGUUGCGCUGCCGCUCCCAAAACCUCUCCUCCUUGAAGGGCCAAAUCUUCGACUUCCUUACAGUCGCCGAGGAAGGAGCCCUGGAAACCUAGCUUCACAGUCGGCUGCGAAGUCCCAGGGGGGAAAAUUUCACAAGGCUUCUGAAACCCAGCCCUAUUCCGAGGGCUCAAGACCUCUCUCCCACCAGGCCAGACUCUGUUGUCAAUGGGCCAAGCCCUAAUGGGCCGAGUCUGAAGUCAGGGAACCUGGGUGAAGGGCCCAGCAAGCACCAAUCAGCACAAAUCCAAGAGCCCAUCAAAGAAAAGAUUAUGGUAAUGUGUCAUGAGGCAAAUGAUGUUCGACCUUUGCAGUUCCAAGCUGCCUCUCCAUCAUAUGAUCUAGGUAAUCUAUUUUGAAGUGAGGAUCCUAGUUUUUUAUUUGAAAAUAUGGGGGACUCUCACCUUCUUGUCUUGCAAGAUUUUGAGCUUGAACUAAACAAAACAGGCAACAAGGAAGUUUCCACCGACUCAGCUCAAUCAUGUUCCCCAAUUGGCCGCGUUAUAAAAGGAGAGUCCAAGGGGAAAGCUAUUAUGAUAGAGUCAUCGGGAUCACCUAAAGUCUACACAAGAAGAAACAAUGGCAUCAGUAUUCGAGAGCCAGAGGAAGGUGUAGUGGAAUCAGCCCCAAAGUGGCCCCAAUCCGACAAAUGAAUGUCUACGCGUGGAACUGUCAAGGAAUAGGCAGCACCUUGACUUCCAAGACGCUCAAAGCAUGCCGCAAUAUUGCCAAUUCAUUCUUGUUUUUGUGUGAAACUAUGUCACCUAGUGACAAAGUCAGGUCUUUUAUCUGUUCGUUAGGCUUUUCAAAUUGUCAUCCAGUUGAUCCUUCCGGCAUGUCGGGAGGCUUAGUCUUUGCUUGGCCACCAUCAACCUCAGUCUCGAUUCUGGGAUCAUCCCCUUGCUAUGUUGCCAUUUCAGUAAUCAAUAAUAAUAACCUUUGCUAUGGAGAAUGUCCUCGAUUUGUCCUCAUAGGGGUUUAUCUAUCCUAUAUCGUGACCAAGCGUCGAAAUCAACUAGAGGAAAUUGCUAAUUUUUGUGCUCGUCUAUCGGAUCCAUACCUAGUUAUUGGAGACUUCAAUAGCUCCUUAUAUCCUCUUGAUAAAGCAGGAGGAUCCUCAUGGCGAAUGGAUAAAGCACGCCCACUGUGGGACUUUGGUAAUCUGUUAGGGCUAUUUGAACCAAAUUCCCAAGGCCCCAAAUUUACCUGGACAAACCGGGGAAGGAAUGGAGUUACGAUUGAGCAAAAAAUAGAUAGAGCCUUCCUCUCUACAACAUGGAUGAACAUUUGGCCUUCGACGACUAUAUAUCACCUCACGGAUGUAGGAUCAGACCAUAGGUUGCUUUUCCUACAAACAAAUCCUACAAUGCAUAGAGCAAAAAGAUUAUUUCGAUUCGAUCUCAGGUGGAUUCAGAUGCCGGAAGCUGAGCUAAUUAUCACUUAUGCUUGGAAUUUAGAGGUAGCAGGCUCAAUUCAAUACUGCCUUUUUAGUAAGCUACUACGGACUAGGCAUGCGUUGGUUGGUUGGUCUAAAGGAGGAACGUCUAACUCAGCGAGGUUAAUAAAUGAUCUAAAUCGUGCACUAGAAGUGACUAGAUCUAAUUCUCCGGUGAACUAGGCCCUAGUCAAAUCCUUGGAAAAAGAAUUGAGUGUUCAAUAUAAUCGGGAAGAAAUUUUUUGGAGGCAAAAAUCCCGGACUAAUUGGUUACAAGGUGGGGAUAAAACACCAGGUAUUUUCAUAUAGUCACCGCAGCCAAACGUCAAGCCAAUACAAUAUGGGGACUGGA